AUUUUGUACACAUUCUGUUGAAGUUACAGUCUUGAUACUUGCUUGUAAAUAAUUGCAUUGCAUCAACGAUUCAGCGUUUCAACAUUGACAUCUAGAUCUAGACUACACUCUGAAUCAGUGUUUCAGAAGUUUUUUGAUGAUAUUCCUGAAGAAAUGCAGCUGCACUUGGUUUUAGUUUCAUUAGUGACACAUUAAAACAAGAAAUAACUUUCAACCUUCGCUAGGAGUGCGUCACAGACAACACAGAGUUAUGUCCCACGUUGUACUGUGUUUCUUUCAUUUAGGCAGCUAGUUUGAUCUAGUGCAAAUAUAAGGAAGGAUAGUUUGAAGGAUUCCAGCCAAUGGACAGGAGAUACAAAUAGCCUGGCGUCUAUACACAAUCAAAGCUCACGAGACUCGGACAUGGCCUAUCCUAACAUCUGCUAUGAGUGGACAGCCUUGCUGUUCGCUGCACGUGCUGGCGGCUUAGAAGCUGUCCAGAAGCUGGUGGAUCAAGGCUGUGAAAUCAAUGCUAAGGAUGUAUCAGGGAUAACGGCUAUCAUGCUGGCCAGCCAUCACGGACAUAGAUCAAUAGUGUCGUAUUUGAUCUACCAAGGUGCAGAUGUUAACUGUCAGACGUUUGAUGGGUGGACGGCGUUAAUGAGUGCUGCACAGAAUGGACAUACGGAUAUAGUGGCACUGUUGAUUAAUAACGGAGCGGACGUCAACUUCAGGAGAAAUGAUGGGUGGUCCGCUCUGUUUGGCGCUUCACAAAAUGGACAUUGUCACGCAGUCAAGCUAUUAAUAGAUUCUGGUGCCAUUGUAAAUGCCAAGGCCGCCUAUGACAUAACCCCGCUAUUUUUAACCUCGCAAAACGGACACAUGCAAACAGCUGAUUUAUUGAUCCAGCACGGUGCAAAUGUCAAUGACAGCUGUCAUCAAGGAUGUACAGCGCUGAUGACAUCUGCUCAGUAUGGUCACAAUGAUGUCAUACAGUGUUUGCUUCAACGGGGGGCAGACGUUGACCAGCGCAACGAAUCUGGCAUCUCGGCAUUAAUGAUAGCAUCACAUAGCGGCCAUGCUGCUACAGUGGACCUACUUCUUCGUAGCAGUGCAGAUGUUAAACUGACUGACCUCAAAGGGCGAACGGCUUUAUUUAACGCUGCACAGACAAACAAGACAAGAGUGGUUGAGUUGCUGCUUCAAUCUGGAUCUGACGUCAACCAUCAAGAUAGUGAAGGAAAAACUCCACUAAUGAUAGCUUCCCAUUUAUCUACAAUAUCAAUACUGCUUCAGUAUAGAGCAGAUAUAAACAUUUCUGAUAUCAAUGGGGACACAGUACUGUAUAAUGCUCUCGAACACAGUUUAGUUGACAUCGUAGACGAGAUCUUCAAGAAUGCUGCCAAUGUGAGUCUGAGUGAGGUCUACCACGAACUGGCUUUGAAAAGAAAGAUGGAUGAAAACAAGUUAAUUAAUGUCGUGAAAGUUGUUACUAAACGUGUAGGCAGUGUUGAUGAUGUGUCCCGGUGUGGACUGAACGCUUUAAUGAUAGCUUCACAAGUUGGGCACGCUCUCAUAGCUCAAACUCUUCUUGAACUCGGAGCCGACAUUGAGAAGAAGUCUUCCUGGGGAUCAACAGCUUUAAUGAUUGCAGCUCAGCAUGGCCACGAGAACAUAGUUAAGCUGUUGGUCGAGAACGGAGCGAACUGUCAUGAGGUCUCUCAGUCUGGAGACACCGUCUUGAUGAUCCUUUGUAAAAUGGGCUGUAAUGAAAGUGUCAAGAGGUUAUUGAGCUACGGAGCUCAGAUCAAUGUGGCUACCCCAAAAGGUUGGACUUCGUUACACAUUGCUGCCUUGAAUGGACAUGAGAGUACAGUUGAGCUACUUUUAGAAAAUUUAGCCAAUGUCAAUGUACUUAAUAUACAGGGCUGGACGCCCCUAAUGAUGGCCGCUUAUUCUGGCCAUUUAGAGACGGCUCAAUUACUCACCAUGUAUGGAGCGGACAUUAAUGCGUGUAGCACCAAUGGUUGGACAGCACUGAUGAUCGCCAUUGAAAAUACUUGCAAUGAGACCUUACCGGAUUCUUAUAGGAAAACAUUAAUGAGUGCCCUGAACAAAAUGACUCUGAACGAGACACAGACACACUUUAAGAAACGACAUUACGAUAUAGUCAACAUGCUGGUAAAGAGUGGAGUCAGAGUAAACGCUUCAAAUCAAGAUGGCUGGACUGCAUUAAUGAUCGCGGCCAAAAAUGGACUUUACGAAACUGUCAAACUUCUCCUGCAAAACGGCGCUGACGUGAAACUCUCAAAUAAACAAGGCGUGACAGCUCUUGGUAUAGCAUCAGGCAAUGGGGAUGAGAAGAUAGUUGAACUGUUUGGUCAAUAUAUCAGAGUUUUGUAUGGUAAGUCUCAACCUGAAAAUACUGCUUCACUUCAAGCUUUCAAAAAUGUAGACUUCAUCCCAUGGGAGGUAAUUCUUCAAUCUAAAGCACGAUCUGAACAUUCAAAGGUGGACAGUAAUACACAGGGAUUGAACCCAAGAUCAACAAGGACGCUAAAACUAUUUUCCCGAAAUGGCCCUAGCCUGAAUGUAUCAAAAAAAGAUUGCUUCUCAGCGCUCCUGUUGGGUUCACUCAAAGGUCAUACAAAACUAAUAGUGUAUCUGCUAAACUCCGACAAGUCACUUGUUAAUAAGUGCAACAAAAAAGGAUUGACGCCAUUAAUGGUGGCUUCGUACAACGGACUGCAUGAAACUGUACGCCUGCUUGCACAGUUUGGCGCGUUCAUUAAUGAGCGCAACAUCUACGGCUGGACAGCACUUAUGUUCGCUUCUAAGAAUGGACAUACUGGCACUGUCCAAAUGUUGUUACACCAAGGCGCUAGUGUGGAUCUAAAGAAUGAACACGGCUGGACGGCAAUGUGCAUUGCCUCUAAAAACGGACAUACAGAAAUCGUGAAGUUGCUUUUAAAAGCCCAUGGCGACAUGAAGGCCUCAAACAAAUCCGGCUUCACGGCACUGAUGAUAGCAGCUGAAAAUGGACGAAGCGAAACUGUGCGUUUCUUAUUAGAGUUUGAAGUCAACUUAGAGAUCUGCAAUAAUGAAGGUCUCACAGCAUUAAUGUUGGCCGCUCAAAAUGGGCAUAAGGAGACAGUCAAUCUUCUACUAGAGAAAGGUUCAAAUGUUAAUUUCUCCGGUACAGAUCACAAAACAGCUCUGAUGCUGGCCUGUUUGAAUGGUCACAAGGAGAUAGUAGAGGUACUGGUUUUAAACGGAGCAUUAAUUAAUGAUUCCAUGAUAAGCAACGGAUGGACCGCACUGAUGAUGGCUACUCGAAAUGGACAUGCCUCUAUAGUACGAUUGCUGGUCAAGCAUAAGGCUAAUGUCAACAGUGUUGAAAACUUGGGAUGGACACCACUCAUGAUAGCUUCUUAUUAUAGUCACAUAGAAACUGUUGAUAUACUUUUAAAAUCAGGGGCGAAAACCACUGAGGUCAACAAGGAUGGCUUAACUCCCCUGAUGAUCGCGUCUCAGAAUGGCCACAGUACUAUAGUAAAGCUACUCUUGCAAGGGUUUGAAAAUGUGAAGUGGUCCGAAAAGGAAAUCUGGACAUCUCUAUUGAUAGCUAUCCAAAAUGGUCAACUAGAGACGGUAAAGGCAUUGAUAGUCUCGGGGGCGCCAGUGAACCCGCCUUACAGCAAUGGAUGUACGCCACUUAUGAUAGCUGCUUAUAAUGGUGAUAAUCAGUUAGUGAGUCUUCUUGUGCAGUCUGGAGCAAACAUUAACCAGACUAGCAGAGACGGCUGGACAGCGCUGAUGUUUGCAUGCCAAAAACCACAAGCAUCAACGGUCCAGUUGCUAUUGCAGUCAGGAGCUGCUAUGAACUUGUCAGACAAGCGAGGCUGGACACCACUCAUGAUAGCUUCGCAGUAUGGACACAUCAAGACAGUGAAAGUGCUGCUGGACUACGGGGCGCUAGUGAAUGAAAAAAACGAAGAUGGCGUCACCGCUUUGAUGUUCGCUGCCUACAAUGGGCACCCAAGCAUUGUAAACAGUCUUCUGAAGUCUAAGGCUAGAUUAAAUGAAGUAAAUAUUGAAGGCUGGACAGCAAUCAUGAUGGCAGCAAAAAACGGAUAUUACAAAAUUGUUAAAACAUUGUUAGAGUCUGGAGCAAGCACGAAGCUAAGAAACGCCUACCAUAUGACAGUUCAGGACUACGCCUAUGACAACGGGAGCAGGAGAUUGAUUGAACUUAUAGAAAGUCACGAUCAAAAAGAAACCAGAGAAGCCAUCGAACCACUGACAUCUACAGACGAUUUAGGAUGUAACAUUCCAAUAUUUCUAAUGGACAGUUCAACUCUGGACCACAAUGGAGGACUACAAGGCAUGCGUUCUUAGCACGCUAAUGUACGGCAGUGAGCCAUGGACUACUUACACAAAACAAGAGAGAAAACUAAACUCAAUCCACUUGCGCUGUCUCUGAAAGGUAUUAAAAAUAACAUGGAAAAAAGAGUGUGCAAUACUGAGAUGCUCGAGCGAACGGGCCUUCACAGCAUCUUUACUGUCCUCAGGCAACGCCGCCUGCGCUGGCUCGGACAUGUUCACCGGAUGGAGGACAAUCGCAUCCCGAAAAUCAUUAUCUAUGGGCAACUAGCGUCUGGCUCAAGAAAAACUGGUCGCCCCCACCUUUGUUACGUGGAUGUGAUAAAACGGGAUUUAAAAUCAGUGAACAUUGAUACUGACCAUUGGGAAGACAUAGACCUAGACCGCACUAGUUGGAGAGAGACAGUGACCAAGAAAGAUAUGGAUAGCGAGAAAACAUGGGCCUCAGCUCUCGAAGAAAAAUACGAAAAAUGGCCAUCUCCUCUAUCACCAAAGCAAAAGCCAUUUCGACCUGCAAUAUAUGUGGAUGGGAGUGUCUCUCCAAAAAAGGGCUUCACAGCCACAUGAAAAAGUGUUCGAGAUGAACCAUAGUCGUUCUACGACUAAAAGAGGUCAAUGAUAGUGAAACUUAUUUUCUUCUUUUACAGUUUAACUCGGGAUCUACAUAAAAUCAAGAGAUUCAUCAGCAGACUUUGAUGAUCCUUGAAACCAGAGAGACGACAUCGAGAUAAAAUGUCACGUGCAAUUCCUAUUUAACAGUGUCAUGUACAUUGCAUCAUAUCACCGUGCUAUAUUUAUUUAUUUAUUUAAUGUUCUGAUCAAAUGUAUAAAGCCAAAUGAAUUGUUGACAAAAAUAAAAUCUCUUCAAUUCGA